AUGGAAGCGGCGCCGUCUACCAGUACCGGGCGCGCUACAGUGUCUUGCUCAUCAGUGUCUUCCUCGCCGGCGAGUACUGAUGGACCAUCUCCGUCAACUGGUGUUCGACCACGAGGAAGGCCACGCAAGACGGAGGCACAGAAGGCGGAGACCAAAGCUCGCCAUGCUGAGGCCAUGCGACGAAAGCGGCGUGGGAACGCCGAGCUGCGGGAACGAGAGGUUCAGGCGAAACGGCAACGGCGGACCGUGAGCCCGGAAUUAAGGGCAAGGGAGGCUGAGGCAAUGCGGCUUAAACGUGCCGAAGAUGCAUGCCGAACGGCAAGGGAAGCCGCAGCCAAACGGCAGCAACGGCAAUCAAACGCCGCGCUGAGAGCCAGGGAGGCUGAGAUCAAACGCCAGCGCGGUGACAUGAAUCCCCAAAUACGAGCGCGGGAAGCUGAGGUCAGGCGACAACAGCGCCAAGAAAAUCCUGAUUUGAGGGCGCGUGAAGCUGCGGCCAAGCGUCAGCAGCGGCAGGAAGACCCCGAGUUCAGAGCACGUGAGGCCGAGGCCCGGCGCCAACAGCGGCAAGAAGAUGCUGGACUGAGGGCGCGUGAAGCUGAGGCCAAGCGUCAGCAGCGACAAGAACACCCCGAGUACACAGCACGUGAGGCCGAGGCCUGGCGCCAACAGCGGCAAGAAGAUGCUGGACUGAGGGCGCGUGAAGCUGAGGCCAAGCGUCAGCAGCGACAAGAACACCCCGAGUACAGAGCACGUGAGGCCGAGGCCCGGCGCCAACAGCGGCAAGAAGAUGCUGGACUGAGGGCGCGUGAAGCUGAGGCCAAGCGUCAGCAGCGGCAGGACGCCAACAGCGCUGAGGCCAAGCGUCAGCAGCGACAAGAACACCCCGAGUACACAGCACGUGAGGCCGAGGCCCGGCGCCAACAGCGGCAAGAAGAUGCUGGACUGAGGGCGCGUGAAGCUGAGGCCAAGCGUCAGCAGCGACAAGAACACCCCGAGUACAGAGCACGUGAGGCCGAGGCCAAGCGUCAGCAGCGACAAGAACACCCCGAGUACAGAGCACGUGAGGCCGAGGCCCGGCGCCAACAGCGGCAAGAAGAUGCUGGACUGAGGGCGCGUGAAGCUGAGGCCAAGCGUCAGCAGCGACAAGAACACCCCGAGUACAGAGCACGUGAGGCCGAGGCCCGGCGCCAACAGCGGCAAGAAGAUGCUGGACUGAGGGCGCGUGAAGCUGAGGCCAAGCGUCAGCAGCGGCAGGAAGACCCCGAGUUCAGAGCACGUGAGGCCGACGCCCGGCGCCAACAACGGCAGGAAAACUCGGAGUUGCGGACGAAUGAGGCCCAAGCCAGACGACAACAGCGGCAAGACUGUCCAGAAAUUCGAGCCAGGGAAGCCGAGGCCAAGCGACUAAGGCGACGAGCCGAGGCAGAACAACGAGCGCGGGAAAGGUUAAGCCUGCACGCGAGUGCGACAAACAUGUUUCACAAACGCUUCACACAGAAUCCAUUUGGCUACUCUUGCUCUGUGUGCGAUCGGCUUUGGCACAAGAACGACCUAAAGCCUCUUCCAGAAGCGCAUGCCACAGUGGUUGCCGACGCAUUUCGUACGGAUGUUUCUGGGUUCGAGGUGUGUCGCACUUGCAUGCAGACCAUCCGGCGAAAUCGCAUUCCUAACUACUCCACUACGAAUGGCUAUGCGUACCCACCUAAGCCGGCGCAUUUACCAAACAUUGAUCUCGUGAGUGAGCGACUUGUGUCACCGCGGAUCCCCUUUAUGCAGAUUCGGAGGUUGCUGUACAGCAACAGCGGCCAGUUCGCCAUCAGAGGUCCGAUUGUGAACGUGCCUAUCAACGUCGACACAACGGUCCAAAUGCUGCCUCGAGAUGUCGAAGAAGAUCAAGCGUUGUGUGUUCACAUUAAGCGCCGGAUGAUAUACAAGAGUGUGUACAUUCGUGGCAUGGUCAAGAAGACUGAGUUGCUUCCCUGGCUUGUGUUCCUGGAGAAGUCUACGUUGUAUCGCUACUAUGGCAUCCGAAUCAGUCGAGAGAAGGCAGACAAAUUGUGCGACAAGCUGGUAGAGCCAAGCGACGAGAAUGCCGAGCGUAUAGACGAUCCUGUAGACCACCAUAAUCCGAUGGAGACAGCAUUGGCCAUGUCGCUCGGUCAACAGACACUCAUCAUCGACGACAGCAACGUUCUGGUUGUGGCGCCAGGGGAAGGAAUAACACCCGUCAGCAUUGUCUAUGAUCAACACGCGGAGGAGCUGUCAUUUCCACAAAUCUACCUCGGUGAGCCUCGAAAUAUCAGCCCAGACAGCAAGCCUAGUGUCUACACCAUGGCAUCGAGCGAAUGUCGGAGAACUGACCGCAGGGGUGCGACAGCUUACCACGUGCUCUAUAUGGCAGCCAAAGUUAUGCGUACGCGAGUUGCAUCGUCGGUAAACGUCUUCUUCAGGAACACAUCUGGCAUGACCGUUGUAACCAAGGCGCAGCUGAACGACCGAGAAUUUGUCGAGAACGCGGUGGAUCAUGACAUGGCGUUCAUGAACGGGGUGCCAAACACGGUCCAGUACUGGCACCGACGCAAGCAGGACGUGUUUGCCAUGAUCCGCCAGCUCGGUAAGCCAACUGCGUUCCUUACUCUGUCUGCCUCUGAAAUACACUGGGACGGAUUGAUGAGGCUCCUACAACGUCUUCACAUAGAUCCAAACCAUCCGCAAGUGCCAUUCGAACAGCUCCGCCUCUGUGAAAAGUCCAUGCUCGUGAGCGAUGACCCGGUGGUGUGCUCAGUGUACUUCGAUCACAUAGUGCGGGUGAUAAUGCAGAUUCUGCAACACAAGACACUUUCUCCGUUCGCCCCCUAUGUGGUCAAGGAGUACUUCAAACGCAUUGAAUUCCAACAUCGGGGCAGUGCUCACGCUCAUCUGUUGCUCUGGCUCGAGAAUGCGCCCCACGAGGAGCUUGGCCCGCAAAUGCCCGAAACAGUUCGUAUGGCCGAACAUUUAAUCUCUCUGGACGCCGAAAGCCUUCAUAGACCUCGCUGUCAGACGCACCAGCACACACAGACGUGUUACAAGAACGGCAGAACAAAAUGUCGGUUUAACGCGCCUUUCUGGCCGAUGGAAGAAAGUCGAGUGAUCAUCCCACUUCCGCCUGCCCAUACUGAAGAAGAAAAAAAGUCUCGCACAAAGUUGAAGGAGAGAUACAACAACAUUCACACCGCUCUUGAAACAACAGUCUACGAGUCGAUCGAGGAUAUGCGCCGCCACAAUAACGUCGCAGAUGCCGAAGAGUACAUUACAAUUCUACGUGCCGGCAUUUCCCGCCCGACUCUGAUGUUGAAAAGGAAUUGUGAUCAGGUUCACUUCAAUUUCUUCAACCCGUGGAUAGCGUCUGUACUGAACUCUAAUAUGGACCUACAGAUCGUCCUAGAUGUGUACGCGUGUGCGGCAUACGUGGUCGAAUAUGUGAACAAGGCAAACCGAGGCAUGUCGAACCUGCACAAGGACCUCCGUGCAGUCGUGGACGAAUCUCCACACUCGAGUGUAACCUACACCCAAGCCCUCCGACAACUCAGCGUGAAGAUGCUGAAAGCAGUAGAGAUGUCCGCGCAGGAGGCGGCCUGGUAUCUGCUCGGCCUCGGCAUGUCGCACGCGAGUCGCGUCGUGGUCACAGCCAACACCUCGUGGCCGGAGGAAAGAGUUCGCAUCCGCAAGAGUCGGGAGCUGAUGGAUCGUGAUGGGUUGGAUGAGAGCAGCACAGACGUGUGGUGCAAGACGACCAUACAGAAGUAUGAGGACCGCCCGGAAGAUCAAGCUGCGCUCACGUACGCCGAACACCUGACGUCGUUCAACGACAACGGCCGACCGAGAGCACACCCUGCGGUUCUUCGCUACCACGCCUAUUCAGUGUCCGACGUGCUCAACUUUAAGCGCGAGCACGUGCUUCUCUUCCACCCAUUUCAGCGCGAGGUGGAUAUCCUAGACAAUAACAAGUUCGUCGAAAUUUACGACAGCUGCGUGUCGGAAAUCCUGGCUGUCAAAGCUCGCUUCAGCAGUCCUCACAUUGAUCUUGCAGAAAUGGAAGAGCUUUGUAAGAACAUAAUCAACGAAGAAGUUGCUCAGCGAGACGCUUUCGACACACACGCAGAGGUGGGGCGCAGGAUGACCGAUCUACUCGUGGACGUAAAUGACGACUCCGACAUCCUCGGCGAGGUUGGCCAAGAAACGGCCGUGCAACAGGCUCAGCGCGAGAGUGCUCAAGCGGCUGCCGCGAGAUGUCCAGCCGUCCAGAUGCGCACGGACAUCAUGCCCACCGACGUCUACUUACAUCGAAUGAGGAUGAUGAAUGCGGGCCAAUUUGAGAUCGUGCGCGAAGUCAUUCAUCGCCUGACCACGCCCGACUCGGAGCCCUUGCAAGUCUUCUUUACCGGAGCAGCCGGUUGUGGCAAGACGUUCGUGCUACGCACCAUAAUGGACGUUUACAACCGCUAUUUCAGAAGUGGAAACCGGGAUGUGAGCAUCAACUCUUUCGUCGCCUGUGCGACCACCGGCAAAGCAGCCGUGGCAAUCGGUGGAGUUACAGUGCAUGCCGCCUUCAAACUCGUCGUAUCUGGCAAGAAUCCGGACAGGGGUCUCAGCUCGAGUGACGCUAAUUCAUUCCGCUGCAUCUUCAAAGACGUCAAGUGUGUCAUAAUCGACGAAAUAAGUAUGAUGUCGGCGGACACGCUUGUGCUGAUUGAUCGCAGACUUCGCACAAUCUCCCUUAAGUACACGGAACCCUUUGGCGGAUUCGAUGUCAUCCUAUGCGGCGACUUGAGGCAGCUUCCGCCGGUCAGAGCAGCUGAGGUGUAUAGGAGGUCUAAAUUGCACCAGAGUGUCUUUGAUACGGAAAGUAUGCCGUGGCAUAACCUCUCCUACUUCCAACUCAAAGAUGUCGUGCGCCAGAGCGACGAGAGGUUUGCCACCAUACUGACCAAGAUCGGGGACGGGAUAGGGCUAACUGUGGACGAGGUGUCUCUCUUGGAAAGCCGCUUUGUGACCACCGAAGAAGCCGCCAACAAGUGCCCAUCCGGAGUGCGCCUCUUCUACACAAACAAAGAUGCUGACGCCUUUAACAUCGCGACCGCCGAGGCGUGUACCGAAUACGCGAUACACUGCCCGGCUACAGACACCAUUUGUGGGCACAGGUCCGACGAGGAGUACACGCACGCCAAGGUCAGAGUCGCCACCAUGUCCAAAGUUCAGAUGGCCAACUUGGCCCCUAACAUCCUGCUAUGCCUUGAGAAGCCCUACAUGGUCAUACGGAACAUCGACGUAUCGGACAGCCUUGUCAAUGGUAGUGUGGGGAUCCUCAGGCUUGUGCAAAGGGACACAGACGACAACCCCCUGCGCUUAUGGAUAGAGUUUCCCACUGGUGUGGGCGCAGCUGCCCUGCUGAAGGGACGACGCUACCGAGCCAACGAUCCUGACAUUUGCAGUAAUUGGGUUCCCAUCGAGCUCAUCACCAUCGGGUGCCACUUGAAAGGACAUGAUCUGGGCCACAUAACCGUCAGGCGCAAGCAAUUCCCCGUGGUCCAGGCGAGCGCAAUAACCAUUCACAAAUCUCAGGGUGGCACCUACGAUGAGGCUGUGGUAGAUUACUCAAAGUCGCACAAUCAGAAGCUCGUGUACGUCGCUCUCAGCAGGGUUACUACCAUCGACGGGUUGUACCUGACGAACAAGGACAACGACCAUCGCUUCCACCAUUUCAAGGAAAACCCGGAUCGCGCUCUUGCCGACGAGUUCAGGAGACUCGGCAACCAUCGUCUCCAGACCAUCACUGCCGAGUGCAACAAGAUGCUGGCAGAGUACUUUGUCACCGUGGGCUGUGUCAACGUGCGCUCCCUGGGUGCACACUCUCUGGACGUCGCCAAGGAUUUUGUUCUCGCAAACACUACCGUACUGUGUUUCACCGAGACCUGGAUGGACCGGAAGCCUCCCUACGACAUCGAUGGGUAUCGCUGCAUCAGUGCGGCGAAGCGCUCCGACAACCGCGCUGCCGGUGUGGCCAUUUAUGUCAAACGAGAGGUGCAGGCGGAGGACGUUUUCCUGGUCCAACGGGUCUACGAGUACGGUGAAGUUUGUGCUGUGCGACUUGGCAGUGUGGUAAUUGCGUGUAUAUACAUCGCGCCCGGAACCGGUGAGACGGCAGCGGCAGACCUUAUCGUGAGAGAGCUGCAGCCCUGGAUUGGGAAGGAGACGUUGUUGGUUGUCGGAGACUUCAAUCAGAACGUUCGGAUAUCUAGAACAUUUCCGGACAUGCUACACGUGCGGGCUGGUUUGCAGAUGGCUACUCCUAUGAACGCAAUUUCGACCAACCGCAAUUCGUGUAUAGAUCUCGCGUUCCAUAACCAGGGCACGGUUAAAGAGGUCAAGUACUGCAGUUGCCAUUUCACAGACCAUAAGGCGAUGCUUCUUGCGGUCGGCCGCAAAAAGCCAACAGAAGAUCAACAAGUCGAAGGGGAGCGAGAACAAGCAAUAGAACGCAGACCAGAUGAGGCACCAAUUGAAUUCAGAGGGGGUGCCAAUGCAGAUGAUGCUGAUACGGGUGCUGUUGACACUACCGCAAUCAUAGCGUGA